GUGACCACAGGCGCUCGGUGUAACCGCUGAUCUUCAGGAUGGCGACUCCUCUAACGGACCAGGAGAAGCGCAAGCAGAUCAGCAUCAGAGGGAUCGUCGGUGUGGAGAAUGUGGCAGAGCUGAAGAAGGGCUUUAACCGGCACCUGCACUUCACGCUGGUCAAAGACAGGAACGUCACGACGCCGCGCGAUUAUUAUUUCGCGCUCGCGCACACGGUGCGUGAUCACCUGGUGGGCCGCUGGAUCCGAACACAGCAGUUCUACUAUGAGGCCGACCCGAAGCGUGUAUAUUACCUGUCACUGGAGUUCUACAUGGGUAGGGCGCUCCAGAACACCAUGAUUAAUCUGGGUCUGCAGAACGCCUGUGAUGAGGCUAUCUACCAGCUGGGGUUGGAUAUGGAGGAUCUGGAAGAGAUGGAAGAAGAUGCCGGAUUAGGCAACGGAGGGCUGGGAAGAUUAGCUGCUUGUUUUCUUGACUCCAUGGCGACUCUGGGUCUGGCUGCUUAUGGAUAUGGGAUUCGAUAUGAGUAUGGAAUCUUCAACCAGAAAAUCAAAGAUGGCUGGCAGGUUGAGGAGGCGGAUGAUUGGUUGAGGUAUGGUAACCCCUGGGAGAAAGCCCGUCCUGAGUUCAUGCUGCCCGUGCAUUUCUAUGGCCGUGUAGAGGAAGAGGAUGGGAAGGAGCCGAAAUGGGUCGAUACACAGGUGGUCCUGGCCAUGCCGUACGACACGCCAAUCCCUGGAUACAUGAACAACACGGUGAACACAAUGCGCUUGUGGUCUGCGCGCGCACCCAACGACUUCAACCUGCGAGACUUUAAUGUUGGUGAUUACAUUCAGGCAGUUUUGGACCGUAACUUAGCAGAAAACAUUUCCCGCGUACUCUAUCCAAAUGACAAUUUCUUUGAAGGAAAGGAGCUGCGGUUGAAGCAGGAAUAUUUUGUGGUGGCAGCGACUUUACAAGAUGUGAUUCGGCGCUUUAAGACUUCAAAGAGGAACUGCUCUGGACCGUUGUCAUUUGACAGCUUCCCUGAUAAGGUUGCUAUCCAGUUGAAUGAUACUCAUCCUGCUAUGGCCAUCCCUGAGCUGAUGAGGAUAUUUGUGGACAUUGAGAAACUAGACUGGGACACAGCCUGGAAUAUCACUAAACAAACGUUUGCAUACACAAACCACACGGUUCUGCCUGAAGCUCUGGAGCGCUGGCCGGUCGAACUGAUGGAGAAACUUUUACCCCGACACCUGCAGAUCAUAUACAGGAUCAACCAAAUACACUUGGAUCAUAUAGCAUCUCUGUUUCCAGAUGAUAUGGAUCGAAUCUGCAGGAUGUCUCUGAUCGAGGAGGAAGGGGGAAAGAGAGUAAACAUGGCUCAUCUCUGCAUUGUGGGCUCACACAAAGUCAAUGGAGUUGCAGAGAUUCACUCCGACAUCAUCAAAAGAGACGUAUUCCGAGACUUCAGCGAGCUUGAACUGGAGAAAUUUCAGAAUAAAACAAAUGGCAUCACACCACGACGCUGGCUGCUUCUCUGCAACCCAGGACUCGCUGAUCUGAUCGCAGAGGCUAUUGGUGAAGAGUAUGUGAAAGAUCUAAAUCAACUGCAGAAGCUGAAUGAUCUGGUUGACUACGAUGCUUUCAUCCGAGAUGUAGCCAAAGUCAAACAGGAUAACAAGCUGAAGUUUGCACAGUAUUUAGAGAAGGUGUACAAGGUGGACAUAAAUCCCGCAUCCAUGUUUGAUGUCCAUGUGAAAAGAAUCCAUGAAUACAAACGACAGCUGCUCAACUGCCUCCACGUCAUCACCAUGUACAACCGCAUCAAAAGGAGCCCCAUUAAACCGUUUGUACCACGGACUGUGAUUAUCGGUGGAAAGGCUGCUCCUGGAUAUCACAUGGCAAAGAUGAUCAUUAAGUUGAUCACCUCCGUCGCUGAUGUUGUGAAUAACGAUCCUGUGAUCGGCCGUAAACUGAAGGUCAUUUACCUGGAGAACUACAGAGUGUCACUGGCAGAGAAAGUGAUUCCAGCUACAGACCUGUCAGAGCAGAUCUCCACUGCAGGGACAGAGGCUUCUGGGACAGGAAACAUGAAGUUCAUGCUGAAUGGGGCGCUGACCAUUGGCACUAUGGAUGGUGCCAACGUGGAGAUGGCAGAAGAAGCCGGAGAAGAAAACCUCUUCAUCUUUGGCAUGAGGGUGGAAGAUGUAGCAAAGAUGGAUAAAGAAGGCUAUGAUGCAUUACAAUAUUAUGAGAGUCUUCCAGAGCUGAAACAAGCCAUAAAUCAGAUUAAAAGUGGCUAUUUCUCACCGAAACAGCCUGAGAUGUUCAGUGACAUCAUCAACAUGCUGUUCCAUCAUGAUCGGUUUAAAGUUUUCGCAGACUACGAGUCUUACGUGAAGUGUCAAGAGAGAGUCAGUGCUCUGUAUAAGGAUCAGAGAGAGUGGACUCGUGUGGUAAUUAAGAACAUUGCGGCAUCUGGAAAGUUCUCCAGUGACCGCACCAUUAAAGAGUACGCCACUGAGAUCUGGGGAGUGGAGCCCACUGACCUGAAGAUUCCUCCACCCAGUGAACCACGUGAAGCUCUGGAGGAAACCGCUCGCGCCCUGCGCAAGAACUGAACACGUCAGCAUAGUGUCAUAGGAUCAUGAGAAGACUUGUUACAUUCAUUAAUAUAAUUAGCCUACUUAGUAUGAAUUCAUUUUUAGUUUUUGCUUUCAAGUUUUUUAAAUGUUCAUGCAUGACUUUCUAAAGGAGUGCCUUGUACUAGCAAAAAGCUCAAAUAAAUCUCAUAUUUUCAUUCAAC